CACUAGGCAAGGAAAUCUCCCCUCUGACUGGGGCUUUGCUGACUGGCCUCCUGCCAGGAAUCAAGCAUGAACUGAAAACUGGAAGUUGAGGCGUGAGUUCAGCCACUCCGUAGCGUGCACUUGGGGAAGGCAGCAGCUCGCCACAGCUGCCGGCCACCAGCCACCUAUCCGUUCACCCAUCUGUCCAUCUGGCAGCCCGCGGUUCAGACCUGUCUAACUGUCCCCAUUCUGUAAGCCUGACUGUAUCUGACCAUCUUUCUCUUACUAUCAUCUCUGUCCAGCUGUCCCCAUUCUGUAAGCCCGACUCUAUCUGACCAUCUUUCUCUUACUGUCCUCUCUGUCCAGCUAUCUGGACUGUCUGUCAGUCCAUCUUCGUGUCUGUCUCCAGCCCCACCUGUUUGUCCAACUGUCCAAUUACCUGCGAGUCUAUCUGUGCAUCUUCUUGUCCCUUCAUCUGCCCACCCAUCUGUCCCUCUGUCUGCCCACUGGCCUCCCCUCUCCUCCUGGGCUGCGGAGCCAUGGCACGGGGCUGCGGCGCCACAGUCGGUCUGGCCCUGCUGGGGCUGGGGCUGGCGCUGGCUGUCAUUGUGUUGGCUGUAGUCCUCUCUGGCCACCAGUUCCCCUGUGGCCCCCAGGCUUUUGCCCACGCUGCUGUUGCUGCUGAUUCCAAGAUCUGCUCAGAUAUUGGACGAGCCAUCCUCCAGCAGCAGGGCUCCCCCGUGGACGCCGCCAUCGCAGCUCUGGUCUGCACCAGCGUCGUCAACCCUCAGAGCAUGGGCCUGGGCGGAGGGGUCAUCUUCGCCAUCUACAAUGUGACGACAGGGAAGGUGGAGGUCAUCAACGCGCGGGAGACGGUGCCAGCCAGCCACGCUCCGAGCCUGCUGGACCAGUGUGCACAGGCUCUGCCACUGGGCACAGGGACCCAGUGGAUCGGGGUGCCUGGGGAGCUCCGUGGCUACGCUGAGGCCCACCGUCGCCAUGGCCGCCUGCCCUGGGCGCAGCUGUUCCAGCCCACCAUCGCACUGCUCCGAGGAGGGCAUGUGGUGCCCCCUGUCCUCAGCCAGUUCCUGCACAGCAGCUUCCUGCGGCCUUUCCUGCAGGCAUCAACCUUGCGCCAGCUCUUCUUCAACGGAACAGAACCCCUGAGGCCUCAGGACCCACUCCCAUGGCCUGCACUGGCCACCACCCUAGAGACCGUGGCCACAGAGGGCGCAGAUGUCUUCUACACGGGGAGGCUGGGCCGGAUGCUGGUGGAGGACAUUGCCAAGGAAGGGAGCCAGCUGACACUGCAGGACCUGGCCAAUUUCCAGCCCGAGGUGGUGGACGCCCUGGAGGUGUCCCUGGGGGACUACACCCUGUACUCACCGCCAUCGCCUGCAGGGGGUGCCAUUCUCAGCCUCAUUCUCAACGUGCUGAGAGGGUUCAACUUCUCAGCAGAGUCUGUGGCCAGGCCUGAAGGGAGGGUGAACGUGUACCACCACCUCGUGGAGACGCUCAAGUUUGCCAGGGGUCAGAGGUGGAGGCUGGGGGACCCUCGAAGCCACCCGAAGCUCCAGAAUGCCUCCUGGGACCUGCUGGGGGAGGCCCUGGCCCAGCUCAUCCGCCAGCAGAUCAAUGACCGGGGGGACCACCAGCUCAGCCACUACAGCCUGGCCGGGGCUUGGGGCCAUGGGACAGGCACCUCCCAUGUGUCUGUGCUAGGGGAGGAUGGCAGUGCCGUGGCUGCCACCAGCACCAUCAACACACCGUGCGUGGGGCUUGGGGGAAGGCGGGUGGCCACUCCUCCUCUCCUAGACCUGCACCCUCCCGACCCCAUGUCCCCUCACUUGUCCCUGUGGGGCAGCACCUUGCUUUUGCCCUCUUUCUCCUCCUCUAUUUCAAAAGGGGCCCCCACCCCGACAUCUCUGGCUGGAAAAGCUGCUGCUGGGGUGGCCCCGAGCCAAGAUUUACCUGGGAUUGGGUGGUCUCGCUCAGAAGGCUGCCCUGAUAUGGGGCACAGCUUUGGAGCGAUGGUGUACUCACCACGGACAGGCAUCAUCCUCAACAAUGAGCUCCUGGACCUAUGCGAGAGAUGCCCCCAGGGCUCCGGCACCACCAUCUCGCCUGAGAAUGGAGACAGGAUGGGUGGAGCUCCUGGAAGGUGCUGGCCCCCAGUUCCAGGCGAGCGUCCCCCGUCCUCCAUGGUGCCCUCCAUCUUGAUCAACAAAGCCCAGGGGUCGAAGCUAGUGAUUGGUGGGUCUGGCGGGGAGCUCAUCAUCUCUGCCGUGGCCCAGGCCAUCAUGAACAAGCUGUGGCUUGGCUUUGACCUGAGAGCGGCCAUCACAGCCCCCAUCCUGCAUGUCAACAGCAAGGGCUGUGUGGAGUAUGAGCCCAACUUCAGCCAGAGACAAUGUCUUGCUUUGUUGCUCUGGCUGUUCUCAAACUCCUGGCCUCAAGUGAUUCUCCUGCCUUGGCUCCCAAGUGGCCGAGACUAUAGGAGGUGCAGAGGGGACUCCAAGACCGCGGCCAGAACCAGACCCAGAGGCGCUUCUUCUUGAACGUGGUCCAGGCUGUGUCCCAGGAGGGGGCCUGUGUGUAUGCCAUCUCGGACCUGAGGAAGGGUGGGGAGGCCGCAGGCUACUAAGACACUGUUCUGCCCAGAGCCGAGGUCCUGUCCCCUCAUGGGUCCUGCGUCCAGGCCGGAUGUGGCUGAGGGACCCAGUACUCUGGUAGGAUCUGGACCCCUGGCAGGGGAGUUCAGCUGAGCGUGGAAGAGGUGGCAGAGACCAGUUGGCAAGAUGGGAGACUGAGCCUCCUCCCUGACCUCCUUUCCCAGAGCUCCUGGUGGCCCUGAACUGGCCCCUCAAUCCCUUCGAGGACUUCUUGCCCAGGCCACUCUCCCACCCUUUCAAUCUGUAUAUCCUCCAGUCCAAGAUUAAAGAAGAGGCGGACCGUG